AGGUGGGAGGGGAAGUUACGACGUAGUAGCGACCCAGUCAGUCAGUCAGUCAGUGAACCAAGUUUCCAGCGACUCAGCCAUCACGGUCUGAAACUUUUUUUGUGUGUGUGACAUGAACUCACUCGGCGGCUGCGGGCGGGAUUUGUGCGGUGAUAGCAGGCCGUGAUCGUGUAUUUUUAUUCGGGGGGGUGGGGGUGGGGGGCUCGGUCCGGUCGGCCCGGUGCUCCGGAGAAGCUGAAUAUGGGUCAGACUGCUGUGUCUGCCGUGUCUCAGCCUGCGAGCGUUGAUGGGUUGGAGAAAUCAUCAUCGCUGGCCAGUUGUGACGUGGUGGUGGACAGCGCCACCAAUACUGCAUCACGGCAGCAGCGAGGCAAGCUGUCGUCACUAGGAAAACUGUUCAAACCCUGGAAGUGGAGGAAAAAGAAGACCAGUGACAAGUUCCAGGAUCUUUCUAAAGUCCUAGAGAGAAAAAUCUCCACCAGACAAACGAGGGAGGAGCUCAUCAGGAAAGGAGUUCUCAUUGCUGACCAAGAUGAAUCAAUCAGCAGUGAAAAUCUGAACGGCCAUGCCACAUCUAGUGUGACAUCAGAGGAGGUCAAAGUUCACAUUGAGUCUUCAGAAACACCGCUGGAGGAACAGGCCACCGGGCCUGCCAGCACUGAGGACAAAACAGAGAGAUGUGAUACUAAACCCCUCGCCCGGGCUAACCAAGUGCGACCUCGAGAAGCUCAAGCUAAAAAACAGCAAAGUGCCACUCUGCCCACCUCUUCCAAACCUGUGGGUGGCACUGCAGCCACAACCAGGCACAGAGAUGGUGCCUCUGGGACUAAAAAGACAGCUAAAACCACAGGCAAGACAGGCUCAUCCACUCAAGCUAAAGCUAACCCGCGGAGCACUAACAACACUAGUCAUGGGAUUGCCAAAUCUUCCCAUCCGAAGAAGACAGGAUGUACAACAAAAACCACCCCUGCCUCCACCUCCACCCCUCGUUCUCGUGCGUCUAAGGAGGCUGCAGCACAGACUGGUGGAACAGAUGCAAGGACCAACCGGAAAACAGAUACUCCCACCUCUUCCUCUGUACCGCAAAAGGCCUCAGCAGAGACUCCUAGCCCGCCUGGGGAGUUAAAGUCCUCGCCACUUUCCUCAGACACCAAGCCUGCCUCCUCUAAAGCCUCAGGCAAUGAGGCAGCGGGAACUCCACCUGGUCUAGAGCCUAAAUCUGUUCCCAAGACCUCCACUGCGGGUGAGGAAGGUAUGGCUCCUGAACCCAUAGUCCAGUCUCCCCAUAUCAACACUGCUACAGAGGACACUUCCUUCACAGAGGGAGAGACAGACAGCAGCUCACAGGGGGAGAAACAGGGGACAACGGGAGGGAAGGGAGGAGAAGAAGAAAAGAAGAACAGAGAAACAGAGUCUGCUAUGGAGAACAUCCCAAGGUCAGCAGAGCGCCAAUGUGAAAAGCCAAAGGGCCUCAGUGUAAACACGGAACAUGCCAAGGUGACGGUGAUCCCUGAUAGGCCGAGAGACAGCCAAACUAGUGACUCUGAUUCUGACGGACCAAUCCUGUACCGCAAUGAGGAGGAAGAAGAUGAGGAGGAAGACGAGUACACAAACAGCAAUCUGGCUAUUAAGGUCAGCCGACGAGACACCCUGAACAUCAAGCUGAGGAACCGACCUAGUAAGAAAGAGCUGGAGGAGAAAAACAUUCUGCCACGGAGCUCUUUGACAGAGAGACAUGAGCUCCGCCAACAAAUAGGCUGCAAACUAGUCAGGCGCCUGAGCCAAAGACCCACCACAGAGGAGCUGGAGCAAAGAAACAUCCUCAAGCAAAAGAAUGAAGCAGAGGAGCAAGAAGCCAAACAAGAGAUCAAAAGAAGACUCUCCAGAAAGCUGAGUGUGAGGCCUACAGUGGCAGAACUCGUUGCUCGCAGGAUCCUGCGUUUUAAUGAGUAUGUGGAGGUAACAGACGCCAAGGAUUAUGACCGGCGGGCAGACAAACCCUGGACACGGCUUACUCCUGCUGACAAGGCUGCUAUCCGUAAGGAGCUGAAUGAGUUUAAGAGCCGAGAGAUGGAGGUUCAUGAAGACAGCAAACAGUUCACCAGAUUCCAUCGGCCGUAAGCGCUCUCGCUGCCAGCUGGACGUCAGCACUACAAGCUCUCUGGUCCACAGCUUUCAGCAGUCUCCCAGCCCUCCAGACCCUCAGUACACAGCUCGGUCCACUUUGUUUUGGGAUCGUUUUGCGCCUGAUAAUAUGUAUUGCUGUCUAUAGUGACAGCUACAGGUGUGUCUUAAGGCCUUGGCCAUCCAUGGACACCAGUGAAACAUUUGCACAUAUCUAUAGUCAGAACAGUGGUGUGUAUAGCGCUCUGAUUAGAACCAUUUAUUUAUUAUAGAUGGCCAGAACUUGCUGGAAUAUGAUGUUUUUUGCUUGUUUGUUUUUUGGUUCACUUCAGGCCUUGGUUCCAGGGAGGAAAAAUGGGCAAAAUUACCCUUGUAUUAGUGAAUGUGGCUUGGUUGUACUAAAGAGUUUGUGUACUUGCCAAGAUAUGCCUUUCAUAAACUGCCAAAUGGCCAUAUAUGGGCAUCCUCCUAAAACAGGAAAUGGGAGUGAUUGGAUGGUUGCAUGCUGAUGUCAGUGCCUAUGUCAUAGAUCAGAGGGGAGGAGAGGCAGUUUGUUCUGCUUCGAUGUGCCUCUUGGAGCUGAAUUUGAAAUACUGCAGUUAAUUCUAAGACUUAUUUAAAGUAUAUUGCCACUAGAGGGCAUUAUAUCAUAAGAGUUAUAGACUAUAAGGACAAAGAUGUGUAAGUAGAUGAAGAAUAACCUGCAAGUGUUAUAUUUAUAACUGCUUAAGCUGAGGGGUCGGUGGACACCUGAGGCUCUAAUAGUGAAGUGCAAUGGAAAUUACUCCAAUUCUAGCCAAUGCUAAUCCUUCAGCACUCUUCCUGAUGAUACAUGGUGAUCAUGUACCAUCAUAUAUCCUGUGUUGAGUUAUUAAGUGCAAACCUCUGGUCAAAAAGUGCUGGACUUGCUGUUUAGAGGAUCUACUUUUCAAGCCUUGGCUUCAGUUUUUCAUUUUAGGCUUUUGGCUGGAGCUCUUACUCAGAGUGACUUGGUGCCAAAGAAAAAGCAGGAGUUUGACUGUAUGUUGGUCUUCUUAUUUGAAAGUUUACAGGUUGGAUUUUGUUGGGCAGAUUUCAUAUAAAGGUUUGAUGAAUAGACAACAUGCACUGAGAGUUUCACCACUGAAGCAAUCAACAGGCCACUUGCCUGCCUAGCCUGUGAUAGAUACGUAAGGAGAGACUUGCUGACAAGAAGCCCUUCUACACCUUGUCCUAACAUGCACUUGAAUCCAACAGUAAAGAGCUGUUUUAUCAACACACAGUUUGACUUCUCUUUUGGCUCCCAACCUGAGAAAUUAAAGGAAUUGGUCAACUUUUUGGGAAAUAUACAAGAACAAUUAGUCGAUGAAUUGAUUAGUCGAUCAACAGAAAAUUUAUCUGCAACUAUUGUCAUAGUCGAAUAGUUUAAGCAAAACACCGUCUUAUUUUUAAGCAAAAAUGUGCUGCACAGGUGGUCAUAUAUGACAUUAAACUGAAUACCGUUGGGAUUUGGACUAGUGGUCGGAUAAAACAAGCAAUUUUAUAGAUGAAACGAUUCAUCAAUUAAUAGAGAAAAUAAUCAGCAGUCAAAGUAAUCGUUAGUUGCAGCGCUAAAAGGCAGGUGAUUAGCUUAGCAUAAAGACUGAAAACAGGGGGAAACAGCUAGCCUGGCUCUUCACAUUUUGUUUUUUGUCAUUAAAAAAAUGCGAUGUUUAUUAAGGUAGGCGCAGAUAGACUUUCUUCUUCUUUUUUUACCUUUGAACAGUCAGGCUAGCUGUUUCCCCGUUUCCAGUUUUUCUGCUAAGCUAAGCUAAUCGCCUGCUGGUUGUAGCUUCAUAUUUAGCGCAUAGACAUGAGAGUGGUUUCAAUCUUCUCAUCUUAACUCCUGUCAACAAAGUAAAUAAGGGUAUUUCCAAAAAUACAAUUCCUUUAAAGUCUUAUGUACGGCAAAACUAAAAGAUUGAUAUCAGGCAUAUGGGAGGUUAUAAAGCAGCAUGUAGUAUUUCUUAGUCUAUUUCAUAUUCCACUGCUCUAUGGGAUUACAUUUGUAUUUUGUGCACUCUUGGAAAGAAGUUUAGACUUUCAUAAGUCUGGAUUAAUUUUUAUUGUUAGGAGAUUAAAUACAAGUAGGUAAAUUGUCACAGCUGGCUGUACAACAACAUAACUACACUCAAGAGGGUUUGGCUUUGUUUAAAUACACACAGACAUUUAGUGUAUGUGUAGAUUUAUGGUUUGUUUUCAACGUGGCUGAGGUGGUUUGAAACAUUUGGAUCACUGUUCAUCUUUGGUGCAUUUAUAGAUGUUCUGCCUCUAAAUGCUCCUUCGAGAUAAAAUCCAAAUACUUAAGAUGUAUGUUAAUGCAAAUUGUAAAGGGGAUCAAUUCUUAAUGAUUUGUUUUUGUGUGAAUGCCAGAACAUUUAACUGAGCUAUCAGAAAAAGAAACCUCAGAACAGUCAAACGUGAAAUGUAGAAUGACAGAUACACAGAUAGAGGACCUUGAACCUUUAACUUGCUCUUAAAAAUAUUUUAGGACUCAUAUAAGAAGCUGGGACAGAAAAAAACCAAGACAUGACCCCUUACUCAUUGCCAUGGAUGUUCAUAUAAAAAUUAAUCAAAAAUGUUAGUGAUUUUUUCUUUGCAGCGUAUUUGGACUAUAAAGGAGACCUAGCUGAAAAGUGACAGAUUGAGCUUGCUGACGUCCGAUGGCUUGUAUUCUCAUAAUUGACCUCCAACCUCCACACUCGUCAUUCUUACAAAUAUUAACUGAAAAGGACAGAUUUAUUCUUUCUGUUUCUGAAUGUGUGGAGGCCAUAACAUGAAAUGAUGUACAGCGAUGGAAAAGAAACAGUAUUCGUUCAUGUCGAUGUAUAUGUUAUAUAUUGAAUAUUUUGUACAGAAUGUAUAUCGAGCAUGUGCAUACAUUGAAAUUUUAUUACCAAUAUGAUACAAUAGAACUUCGAUGUGAAUGUUUUAAGCUCUAAUUUUAGUUGUCUUAUUUUAUUUUUUAUCAUCCCCAGACAAUUAUAAUGAAAUGAACAGUUCAACACACGUAUAAGUGCUGUUUCUAGGCAGCCUAUGAAGCACAGUAUGUUGAAUACCUGUCUUGUCUUUACCAAACCUUUCCAGAGCAGAUCAUGGACAAGGCAUUUUAUAGGUAGUGAUUAAUCUCUCUCUGUUAUUUCGUAUUCUGUUCCACCUUCACUUUAACUGAAGUCAGCAGGUGCAAUGCAGCAGGUAUUUCAUGGAUGGUGACUCGGUUUAAAAACAAUUUAUAAUCCUUUCUGGACCUCACUUUUGAUUUAUUUCUUCAGAUGACCAUAGUUCACCCUGCACACACUAGAAAACCCAAACAGGAUUCGACUUGAAACUUUGACAUAGUCAUGAUAACAUGCUCAAAUUUUACUACAUUGGUUUAGGCACAGUAUAUAAUCCAAUUUCAUUUUACAAGUAAACCUGAGUCUGAUCGAUUGGACGUAGAGUGAAAUUACCUUCUAUAAAGGUGAACAUGGUGCACACAGCAAAUACUGUAACAAAAGUCCAGAAAGCUCUUUUAUUUUAGAUACACAAAUUAAAAGUCUUAUCUGGUGGUACAGCUUUGAUCCCGUCAUGGUGAAGUAAACAUGAAUAUAAUGCUUGCAUCUCACAGUAAGUUAAUCCAGAACUGGUAACUGGUAACAGUUAUGGUAACCCAGCCUAUUUAGCAUUUCUAAGCAGUAUAUAGUCAAUGUGAAAACAAUGUGACAAUGUGAAAGGGGUCGCUCAUAGUGACGAACCUACAGACAAUUAUCACCUGAAUCUGCAGCUCCCCUCAGCGUUGUGGAGGUUUAUAGGGAGUUUCAGCUCGUUGUUUAGCUGUUCAGCAACUUUACUGUUUUGGUUCACUCUCACUGCUCUCAAAGCGUUGUUUUCAGCAGCAACAUGCAGCUGUUUUUAUUGAAAAAGCUUUAAAAACCCACUGAACAUUACCUGCUCAGCACCAAACAACUGACAGACAAAGUUAGAGACUAGCUGGUGAACAUAGUGGAGCAUUUAGCAGCUACAGAGCCAGAUAUUUCCGUCAGGAGUUGGUGGAGACCAAAAACAGCUAAAAGGAGAGUGAAUAUUAUAGGACUUGCGUUCGUCAGGUGGCCAGAAACUCCAAAUGAAUGAUAAUGUUACUCUGUAACUACAUAUCAACUUAAAAGGUGAUAAUAUGUCGAUCCAUUAUUGCAGGUUUCAGGGUUUUAAUACUGUAUUUGUAAACUAUCUUAACUCAUUAUGUGAAGCAUCCACAACUGUUGAAUCAACAUGAAUAAUUUGUAAUAUAUUAUAGCAUAUCCCUGAUCUUACAUAAUGAUGUCUACAUAUGUUUAACACAUUUAUAAAUAGUUUUAAACCUGUCUGAAUGAUUUUUACAUGUGUAUGACUGGCUAAUACAUGCUUUGUUAAACUAAUGAUUAGUUAUGAUAUAUAUAGUCAUGUUAUACUGUGCUAUCAAGCAUUCAUUAGCUGUUUAUACACCAGUUAUGGAUGCUUAAUCGUAGAAGUUAUAAAUGCUGACAAAAUACAUUAAGAAACACUUAAAAAUGUCUUUAUAUUUGCUAACAACUAUAUUACAGUGUGUUAUAAACCAUUUAUCAAGUGUUUAUAUACUGCUUAGAAAUGCUAAAGAGAGGUUAACAAAGUGUUAUGUAAUAAGAAGUUUUAGAAAUCUUACUUGUUUGUGUAAAUCCAGGCAAGAGCUUGGUGUUAUUGCUUUUAUAACGUAGGCAACUUUCUAAUACUGAAACUACUUACAGGGGAGUCCUCGUCUGAACUGUCACCAAAUCUACAUUUAAGUUUUUUUGUUGUUUUUUUUUUGUCCUGCAACACUGAUGCAUAAUUCCAUAUUUUUGUCCAGAAUUAGGUAUAGCAUCUAGACUAAGGAGUUGAGAGUGUGGAAGAGCCUUGACAGUUGUGGUGUUUAGUCAUAACCAGUCAGUAUUAAUCACAAGAAGCAAGCCCUGUAAAAACUUUUAUGGCUGCAGUCUGUUUCAUCUCAUCUUAUAUGGAACUGUAAAAUAAACACAAUAAACCUUCUGAGACCCAAAGAAGCUUUAAAUGAUAUAACACACCCCACAUUUCUUUGCAGUGUUGAUAACGAAUUAAUGAAAGUAUCAAACAUACAAUUCCUGCGAUUAAAUUUUAAAUAGUAUUUCUCUAAAAUUCCAAUUGCGUUGGUUAAAAACAUUCACGGCCACUUUGACACUUGCUUGCCCGGCUGCUACUAUUAAUUUGCUGCUUGCUUGUACUGGAGACUUCCACCAGUUCAUGAAAAUGUUUACAUUUGAGGAAGUCUGCUGUUGUAACGGUGCUUGAGGCUUCUUUUAUCACUUCCCCAAAUCAAAUCCACGAUUUCUGACAAGAGCCAUAAUCACACUGCUGCUGUUGAUCAAAAGCCUUUUAUCUUCAACAUGUAGUCUUUUCUUGAUCUUGUGAAAUUCACAGUAAGGUAUCAUGAUUUGCUGGGGAUUCACAAGUCAGUCACACCAUAAACCCUCCAGCUUUAAAUGCAUUGGCAGUCAUUGAAAUGCAUUUAUUGAAAAAUGUUUUCAUACAACGGCAGUAAGGUGCUCAAAGCAGCAAAGACCCGUGACUGGAUAUUUCACAUGGACUUCAAACACCUUUUACUGUAUUUUUGACAUAAGAUUGAUUUGUCAUAGGAUGAUGUCAUAUAUCCCAAAAACAGCUACUGUUAUGUCCAAACUGUAUAUUGUUUUUGUAUAUAAAGAAUCAUGGAAAAACA